GCCCGGCCGAGGAGCGCGCGGGUUUUCAAACCGUCAACAGGAAAGGGAAGGGAAGGAGCCUCGCGGGGGAGAGGCGGCCACCGGGGGCGGGGGCUCGCGAGCGGCUUUUUUUUACCUCAGUUACAGGUCUAUAAGGAAAAUAUCACUGAUGUCACAUUCUUGUUCAUUGUAAUCUAUGAGCUACGAUCAUGGCUGCUGUCAAACAGGAAGAAGGAAACGUGACUGUUGUCGUCCGGGUGCGGCCCGAGAGUCACCGGGAGCAGGACGGCAAUCACCACACAGUUGUGCAGGUGGUCGAUGAGCAAGUUCUGGUCUUUGACCCGAAGGAGGACACAAGCGAAGGUGUGUUCGCUGAAGUGAAGUUCAGAGGCAGAGCAGCGCCGAGUCGGAAAAACAAAGAUCUGAAGUUUGUAUUCGACAGGGUGUUUGAUCAAAGUGCAACACAAGAAGACCUCUUUGAAUUUGCAACUAAAAAUAUUUUAGAAGGUGUUCUGAAUGGCUACAACUGCUCAGUCUUUGCCUAUGGUGCAACAGGAGCUGGAAAAACUCAUACAAUGCUGGGCACUGCAGAGCAGCCUGGAGUAAUGUACUUCACAAUGGUGGAGCUGUACAAGAGAAUUGAACAGCUUAAAGAUGAGAAAAGCUGCGAAGUGGCAGUCUCGUAUUUGGAGGUGUACAACGAACAGAUUCAGGAUCUGCUUGAACCCAAAGGUCCUUUGGCUUUGAGAGAGGAUCCUCAAAAAGGAGCAGUCAUCCAGAGGUUGAGCUACCAUCAGCCUAAAUCUGCUGCAGAACUUUUAGAAAUGCUGGCAAGUGGAAACAGAAACAGGACACAGCAUCCAACCGACGCCAAUGCCACAUCCUCCCGAUCCCAUGCCGUAUUUCAGGUCCACGUGAAGCAACAAGAUCGUAUCGCCGGCCUCAGCAAGAACCUGCGUAUGGCUAAAAUGUGCCUGAUUGACUUGGCUGGUUCCGAACGAGCGAGCGCCACAAAGACAUGUGGUUCACGCUUCAGAGAGGGGGCAAACAUCAAUCGCUCACUGCUUGCGUUAGGAAACGUGAUUAAUGCUCUUGCAGACCUCAAGAAAAAAAAGGCUCACAUCCCCUACCGAGAUAGCAAAUUGACCCGACUCCUUAAGGACUCCCUGGGGGGUAACUGCCAGACGGUGAUGAUUGCUGCCAUCAGCCCUUCAGCCAUGAGUUACGAAGACACGUACAAUACACUGAAGUACGCAAACCGAGCAAAGGAUAUCAAAUCCUCACUGAAGAGUAAUGUUGUGAGCCUAGACUGUCACAUCAGCAAAUAUGCAGCCAUUUGCGAGGAGCUCAAGAGAGAGAUCACACAACUGAAAGAUAAGCUGAAGGUCUAUGAGGGAGGAAAAACAGCCACUGGUGAAAGUGACCAAGGUCCAGCCCGGAAGGUGAUUUCCAGUCAGCAACAGGUCCAGCAACAGAGGCUUGAGAAGGUUCUGCAGGAGUUUUUCACCAGCCACCAAGAGAUUUGCAAGGAUCGCAUGGAUCUGGAGUCUCGUUUGAAAGAGAUGGAACUGAAAACAUGUUUUCAGCUGCGUGACCAAAAGCGGAUUAAACUAUUGUGCACUGAACAGAAGGUGGAACAGGCCUCCUGUAAGUUUGAGCGAAGCCAGGCGUCUUCCAAGAUGCGCCACACCCACCUCUUAGAGAGAAAGCAGCAAGCCGAAGAGAGGUUCAAAGCAAACGAGAAUCAGCGAAGCCAGAUGGAGAAUGAAAUCAACUUGGCUGGCAGUAGCACCUCGGAGCCUGAGAUCUUGAAGCUGAGAUUACGAAACCAUGAGUCAGCGGUGGAAGUGAGGAACUUCAAGCAACAGAUCAGCCACAUGACCAACUUGAUGAUGCUCCAGGAACGAGACAGCCGGCAGACUGAGAGGCUGGUUACGAGUCUGCUGCAGGUGGUACGGAAACAAUUCCAUGCACUGAAAGGGGCCAACCUCGCGACCACUGAGACCGUGUCUGAAUUCAACGACCUCGAGCGACAGGUGCGGGGGGAGAAAGCGGUCCUGUGGGCAGAUCAAGUAACCGAGGAGGAGCCAGAGGAACAGAAUAACCAGCCCAAAAUACUAGCCCUAGCUACAAUUUCCAAACUGUUUGAAAAGUCCUUCGAUGUAAAUGCUCCAUCUGCAGAAGUUCCAAAUGGGAAACCCACAGAAAGCGUGAAGUUGGAAGUUCCAUUGCGCAAGCGGCUACCUGCAAAGCGGUGCCUAACCGAGCUCAAGCCAUCGCCCAGCCAUCCUCUGCGGAUGCCUCUGACAUCGUUGAAGCGCAGGAGAGAGAACGAAAUGGCCUCGGAAAACCUUUUCACGCCCGAAAUGCAAUCAAAGCGCACCAGGAAGGCUGCGUUUCGGCCGGGGGCCAUUGCGCCCAAAGUGUACGCUCUCGCUGGGACCCCGAAAGACAAGAAACCCUUCUCGAACCGGAGCAACACCCUGAGUGGUGAAGUCGCUAAAUCAAUGACGCCGAUUCAACAGGCCGUUCAGAGACAAUACUCGGAAACAGUCACCAAGGCCAGGCCGCCCUUAGCCACCACCACUCCCAGCAGCUAUAACUUUCCCUCUGACCCACCCGUCACCGUACCGUCAAGCAACCAAGAUUUAAACGCAACAUUUGACCUCACCGAUAAGUGUGAGAAAGCGAACUUGGAUACCACAAUAACCAUUGGUUCAGUGGCUCCUCAGGGAAUGAGGGUCGCAGAGCCUCACACCAUCUUUCCAAAGCCUGACAGCAUCUUUCUCCAAAGGUUAGGGCUACCGGACUUCCCCAUUAACGACCAGUCUGCAUCGCUGUACAGAAGCAGGCAACAAGUCAUCGCUAACAGGCCAGCAGUGCAAAGAAGGAGGCGAUCUCUGAGUGCUGGCUCCUUGCGGGUCAAAAGCCAGCCACACCUGAAUAGGCCCAGGAGAGUCCCGGUUGGCAGAGGUCGACCAAUACCAGCAGAAAACUACAGUCCUCGUCCUCGUUCAAGCAGAAAGAUUAGCCCGGCCUCCGGUGAGCUGCCAACCUUUUCAGUCGCCAAAGACUUGCCACGGUCCAACGUGAAGAAUCUCAAACCAUUGUUUAACUUCCGCCAGAAAUCUGGUAUGAUGACGUAAAAUGGCACCUGUAUCUAAACAGCUCUCGCUCGCCCCCAACUCCCCAUGUCUGAAAUGAGAACUGUUCACAAAGUCAGUCCGAUUCCUGCCUUGGACCUCUGUCUCCCUUUUUUUUCUCUCUGUCUCUUGUAGUUUUGGUAAAGUUUCACAAUUUGUUUGCAUGUCUUGUAUAACUGCUUCAUCCCUCUGUUUGGGGGAAGUUAGAAUGAUCUUCGAUGCAGGACUUGAUCACUGCCUAUGUCUGCCACAGCUGAUUAACGUGACACAGUUCUGCAAGACCAAUUCUUUAGUGGUCUGCUUCUGAUGAUAAUUGUCUAAUUUACACAGUACUUGAAUGGCACUACACCAGUGGAGCUUAAACGACUGACCUUUUCAACCCCCUCCCCCAGUCAUCUGUGCUAAAGCCGCGUAUUAAUCACAAGAACUGGGAAGGAUAAACCCAGUGGAAGGUAUUAAGUGGACAAAUUGGAUGAACGGCUUCUUCACUCUCGUCCUUUAAGAUGUGACCAGAAUUCCGUCAGCAACGAUGUCAAGAGUCCAGGACAGCCUCGCAGUGGGUGCAAAGGAAAAAAAAAAAAAAAUCCUAUGGGAUAGACUCCCAUUGGGCCUCAAGGCAAGUUGCCAAUGAGCGCAAGCAAGGCUGUCAUUUCCAACCACUGCCAACUCCAGAUUGCGUAGCAAUAGUUACUGUUUGUAAUAACAGUGGCAGCAGAUGCUGCGUACUACUUACUUACUGACUGCCUAGGCUGACAGACCCUCCAAUGAAGUACUGGGCCUCGCACUGCUAGAGAUGCCAAGGAUGAGACACUAAACCACAAUCCUGUCUGCCUGCUAACAAUCCUGUGACACUGUCGAGAAGAGAAAAGAAAAGAAAAAGGGAAUUUCUCCCGGUGUCCUGGUUAACAGCG